AUGGCCAUGAUGAAGGUGGAGGUGAUCUGCCUCGGCCUUCAGUUGGCAAAAAGCCUGAGGCUGCGGCUAAAGCUACUGCUAAAGCUAAGUCUAAACAUCUGGCCGUUAGUGGGAGUCCUUGCCGUGCACGUCGCUCCAGAGCCGCCGCACGCAGUUCCAGUGGUCCACGUCGGUUCAGAGAAAGUUCCUCGUCGGAUGCAGGCUCUUCAGAGCUAUGGGAACCUGAAGCUGACCCAAACAGCAAUGACUCAUCCCCCGAUUCCCCCAGAGCAACCAGCAGAGCAGGUCCAGGAUGAGGACGAGGAGGACAUCGAGGACGAGGAGGACAUUGAGGACAAGGAGGACAUCGAGGACAUUGAGGACAAGGAGGACGAGGAGGACCAAAACGAGGAGAACGAGUUGAUCGUUGCAUUCAUGCUGCAGCCCGGAGGAGCACCCGACCCCAACAUCCUGCAACUGGGCAGCAACCGGCAAAAUGGACAACAUUAA